AUGUCUUGGCUAUUUGGUAAAAAAAAACAAAAAGAAUCACCAACAGAUUCAGCUGAAGAGACAACAUCAGUUGGACCAAGUCAACCAGAUGAUUAUAUUAUCAUUGAAAAACAAGGAAAUCCAUUUGCUCCAAUGAAUCCAGCAUCUGGUAGUGUCUCUUCAUCAAGUGGAAAUUCACUGUAUCCAUAUUUAAAUGAUGGAUCAAUGAAUUAUCCAUCAGUACCAUCAACAAUACCUCAACAAAUAAAUAACAACAAUAAUCAAAUUGAACAACAAAAUUAUUUAACUGGUGUACCAUUUAAAUUGAGUAAACAAUUUGAUGAUGAUCAAAAUAACGAAAUUGAAAGAUUAAAAAUUGAUGAAAUAAUAUCAUAUUAUUCACGUGUCAAUGUUGAUAAUUUUAAUUAUGAUUUUGGUCUUGAAGAAAGUGUCAUUAAUGAAUUAGAAAGUACAACUGAUUAA